UUUGGCAUGCAAUCAACAAAGUUUUCGUCAUUUGUAGCCUAAAUUGCGUCUAUCAACAAGCAUAGAAAUUUAAGUUAAACAAUAACUCAUUGCCAAUGGAUUACCAAGACACUUUUGGCAAUUUACGAAAGAAAUUCUAUGAUCGACGGAAAGAGGUCGAACUGUUGGAUGAUUGCAUUGGUGAAGCCUUGACGAAACGUGCCGUUCCCAUCACAAUUGCACUGAGUGCAGCCACAUAUUUUGCCAUACGGGAGGGAUUUUUGAAAAACAAUGGAAUCUUUGGGUUGAUGCGAAAGAAUUUUUUGUGCAUGUGCAUUGGCGUUGGCGCCAGUUUACUGGGAAUUCGGGAGAAUUACUAUGAUAAAUUAGCCAUAUUUUACACUUCGCAUCGGUAUCAAGAAGUGCGAAAUAUGAUAAUGGCUGAUUGGAAGGAUAAAAAUAUCAAGAAUGGCGCCAAAAAACCGUUUCUCCAACCCAAUCAUCUAAAUUUAGACUUAGAACGGCCCCAUUUCAAAGGGAUUAACACGCAUCACACCGCUGAUCCAAAUAAAGAUGACACUCGUAAUCGUCACUAUGAGAAUGUCACAUACGAAGAGCUGCAGCGUAAAAAUCGUGAACAAUACGCUAUAAAACACACCGUUUAUUAUUAGCCACUUACUUAGAGUAUUAACCAAUUUCCUUGUAAAAAAAAUCGAAAAAAAUAUAUUGAUUCUCAAUAUCAUUGUUAUUUAAUUGA